UACUCACAGGAAAAGUGUCAGCGGUGAUAAAGUUGCUAUCUGACUGUUUGAUUGGGUUUCGUUCUGGUUCCGACUAAGGAUGUCUCCUACGUGCGCGCGCAGAACGCAGGACUGGUUCCGAUCCGUGUUCACGUCGGAAACAGCUGAUCCAAUGUUUUUUAUCUCUUGUGGAACUUUUGUUCUGUGUCAAAUAAAUGUUUUGUCUGCAGGACCGGAAACGGAACCUGGAGACCCACAAUAGAAGACUCUCUGAUCCGAACCUCAGACCUGGUCUCUUCGGUUCCGGGACUCCAACAGCAGACAUGUACCUGUCCUCCACCCAGCCCCCCUACCCCCACGACACCGGCAGUUACAUCCACCCGUCGGCCAGCUCCCCGGUCUACGUCCCCACCAGCAGAGUCCCGGCCAUGCUGCCCACCCUGCCCUACCUGCAGACCUUCGACCCGCCCCAGCCCCACCAGUCCCACGGACUGAGCGGACACCACAGCUGGACCCAGGGAGCCGCGGACGGCUCGUCCUUCCCCCUCAGCAGCCACCCGACGCACGGGUUUUCCUACUCACACAGCCCGAACGUCAGCACCGGAACCGGGCUGGAGGCGACCUUCCAGAGCUCGCUGGUUCUGGGAAACGGGGCCCGUGCGGACCAGUACGGAGGGGGUCUGGUGCGUUCGGUUGGAGGCUCCGUUUCCAGCCCGUACGCGUACAUGGGCCCGGACAUGGCCACGUCCUCCUGGACUCAGGGUCCUUGCGAGAGCGGAGUGAUCGGCUUGCAGGGCCGGCAAGGAGCCGCGUCCGCCCGGAGGUCCAGUCUCGACCUGAUGGACGAAAUGUCCCUGGAGGGCAGAGAGUGUGUGAACUGUGGUUCUGUGUCUACGCCUCUGUGGCGCCGCGACGGGACAGGUCACUAUCUGUGUAACGCGUGUGGUCUUUACCACAAGAUGAACGGGAUUAACCGGCCACUCAUCAAACCCCAGAAGCGCCUGCAGAUGCCAUCGCGCCGGGCCAGCCUGUGCUGCACCAACUGCCACACCAGCACCACCACGCUGUGGAGGAGAAACGCCGACGGAGAGCCAGUCUGCAAUGCCUGUGGCCUCUACAUGAAACUGCACGGGGUUCCCCGACCUCUGGCCAUGAAGAAGGAGAGCAUUCAGACCCGCAAGCGUAAACCCAAGAUACCCAAGAAUAAAGUGUCCACGGAACACGCCUCCACCAUUAAAUGUGAACUCAGUUUGGCGCUAUCACCCUACGCGGGUCAGACUGUCACAUCAGGCCCUCAGACGGCGUCCUUGUUGGACAGCGCUGGAUCUGACCACGUGGACAUUAAGUACGAGGAUUAUCCUUUGACCCCGUCACCAAUUACCUCACAUAACUCCUGGUGCACUCUGUCUGAAGCAUGAACCCGCCCCCUCAGACUCCUCUGUAGGACCGGCUCUGCAGCCUUCUGCAGGCCUCCUUCAGACCCUGAUCAGGGAGGAGACGAACGAAUCAGGAUCAGAGUUUACCUCGACUCUCUGGCUGAUUUCACCCAGAGCGGAGAAACAAACACCACCUGUUCCUGACACAAACAUGAACACAUCUAUUCAGGUUCUCGGAGGAGGAGUGGCCCUGGUGGCCGUUAAACACAUUACCAGCUCGUAGAUGAUUAACGUUUAUAGACACAUUAUUUAUGUAGCGAUAAGAGCAGGACACUAAAGCUCCACACAAACAGAAAAACAAAAGUUUACCUUUUUACUGCUUAACUCUGAAUGUGCAAUCAGUCCAUUUAUAAAAGGCUGUAAUCCUAAUCUAAUCUAAUAGUCUGUAUUGUUUGAAGGAGUUUUUAUUAUAGUGUUAUUUUCUUCUCCCUGUUUCAUGUUUUUUUCUGAAAUCUUUUCAGGAUAAUAAAUAUUGAGAGUUUCUGCGUUUGA